GUCUAGCCACUCAACGCGACUAGUCAGAGUGUAGAGAACUGUUUACAAAAUCCCGCGAAAAGUGCAAUAAUUUGUUAAAGUGAGUGAAACUCUCAAGUAAAAUGCCUCCGAAACGAAAAUCCACCACCGCUACGGACGAGGAAGACGAGGAGUAUCGCAAGAAGAGGGACCGCAAUAAUCAGGCGGUGAAACGGAGCCGCGUAAAGUCGAAGAUGAAAACGGAAGAAACGCAGCAGCGUGUGAACGAAUUACGCGUAAAGAACCAGCUGCUCGAGGAAAAGAUCGAUAACCAGCACAAGGAGCUAAAGUUUUUGAAGGAACUUUUCCUAACCCAGGCCCAGGCGAAGGCCGACAAACUGGUCGGGGUCAACCUGAACGAUCUUUUGCGCUGCUCGGACGAGGAAAGCGACAGUGCAGAUCAAGGGACCAGCAAGCAGAAGAAGAACGAGUCCUCAAAAGGUGAAGGCAGCAGCGGGAGCAAACGGUCCAGAAGGUGAGAGGCCACUCCUGGAAUCCACAUCCUGCAUACGAGUACUAAUUUUAAGCAAGCAUUUCCAGACAAUUGAGGAAAGCAUAAGGCAUUAAGAUUUUUGGGUAAAGUUAAGUAAGCAAUUCAACACGCAAGUGUAUAAAAUACUUUUAAUUGCAUCAUGUUAGUUUUAAUAUAUCAGCGUAAGUUUUAAUACACCUGUACUAUUACACAUCAUUCAACCGAU